AUGUUUUAUUUACAAGUUAGUCUAUCUAUCUAUCAAACUAUCUAUCUAUCUAAGUUUGCUGUUUAUACCUAUCUAUCUAUCUAUCUAUCUAUCUAUCUAUGUCAGGUUGUUUACAUCUAUCUAGCAAUCUGUCUAUCUGUCUAUGUAUCUUACUCUGUUCAUAUCUAUCUAUGUCAGUCUAUUUAUAUCUAUCUAUCUAUGCCAGGCUGUUUAUAUCUAUCUAUCUAUCUAUCUAUCUGUCUUAGAUCACGAAAUCAUACGAUUCGGAUUUAUCUAUCUAUCUAUCUAUCUAUCUAUCUAUCUAUCUAUCUAUCUAUCUAUCUAUGCCAGGCCGUUUAUAUGUAUCUGUCUAUCUAUCUCUGUUCAUAUCUAUCUAUCUAUCUAUCUAUCUAUCUAUCUAUCUAUCUAUCUAUCUCAUCUGUUCAUAUCUAUCUAUCUAUCUAUCUAUCUAUCUAUCUAUCUAUCUAUCUAUCGCAGUCUGUAUUUAUAUCUAUUUGUCUAUGUAUCUGUCUGUUUAUAUAUCUAUCUAUCUAUCUAUCUAUCUAUCUAUGCCAGACCGUUUAUAUCUAUCUGUCUAUCUAUCUCAAUCUGUUCAUAUCUAUCUAUCUAUCUAUCUAUCUAUCUGUUUCAGUUUGUUCGUUUCUAUCUUUAAUCUCUUCAUAUCUAUCUAUUUAUCACAGUCUGUUCAUAUCUAUCUAUCUAUCUAUCUAUCUAUCUAUCUAUCUAUCUCUGAUCUUCCAGCUAAUAUAUGUAACAAUUCGUUAG